UACGAGUAAUAAUCGGAUUUACUUUUGUUUCGAGAUAUCACAGACUACGUAUCUUUUCCUUUUCCCAAGAACCAGAAAUUGUGUUGAUCGCAUUUCUAUUGUGUGUUUCUUUUUAUACGGUUGUGACUAGUUUUUUGUUUGUGUGCGUAUUUUUUAUUAUUAUUAUUAUUAUUAUUUUAAAUCAAUUCCAGUAUGCGUCCAGGAACUGGCGAUGAAGGAGGACUGUGCAGAUCCGUCGGCAUCGUUAAAGUCUAGCGUAAAAAAAUCGACUCGAUUCUUAUAAAGUGGACGGUCCGAGAUUAUCUGGGUUUAUCAUAGAGGAUGCAAGGGGUCCAGCACUGAGAGACACAGAUCCGGUUUCGGCUCAGUCUCUCUUUCUUUUCCCCCUCUCUCUCUCUCACUCGGUUUCUCUCAGCCAUUUUCUUCAUGGAUUGAAUUUUACGACUGGGAAUAGAGGUGGAAUAACAUGCCGAUGUUGAUGUGUUCUCGGAGGUGUUAAAUAAUUGUACUGGAGCACACCGGCGGAUCAUCAUGGCUCUGGGGGCAGAUCAGAGGGUAAGGUUGCCUUGGGCCAAAAAAUGAGCUAUAGGAUAACCAACGGUAGGAAUCAGUAACCACUUUAUCCUGGUCAGAGUUGCACUGGUUCUGGAGUCUAUCCUGGGAACACUGGGCAUGUUGUGUGUAGCGACUGUGGCAGGCUGAACACAGACACAGAGGGGAGGGAACGAUGGUGAGAAAAGUUAGUGAUCCAUCCUACAGCGCAGGUUGGAGGUAAUUGGGAUUUAAUUGACAGUCCUCGAAGACAAGCCUGAACCUAUGGCACAGCAGCAGUACAAUACAGCACAAAAGCGCUUACUCCCAAGCAAGGCUAUCAGGCAGCAGAGGAGCAUCAUGGGAGAUAUGCAGCUGAGUGUUUCAAGCCUCUCUUGAAGAGAUGAGAUGCUAAUGACCCUGAUGUUCUGAGCUCAGGCCCCUUUUUAUGAAUCGACCAUGGACCGUGUGCUUUGGCAGCUGCUGGUCCUGGUUAUGACUGUGGUAGUUGUUCAUGCAUGUCCCAAAUACUGCAUGUGCCAGAACUUGUCUGAGUCUCUUGGGACACUGUGUCCUGCUAAAGGCCUUUUGUUUGUACCAACUGACAUUAACCGGCACACAGUAGAGCUCCGUCUAGGUGGAAACUUCAUCUUACGCAUUACACCACAGGACUUCGCCAAUAUGAGUGAAUUAGUGGAUCUGACACUGUCACGCAACAGCAUCAGUUCCAUCCAGCCAUUCUCCUUCGCUGAUCUUGAGACAUUGCGCUCGCUGCACAUGGACAACAACCGGCUAGCUGAACUGGGCCCAGAUGAUCUACGGGGACUUGUAAACCUUCAGUACCUAAUUCUAAACAAUAACCAGCUACGCCAAAUCUCUGAAUAUGCCUUCCAGGACUUGGUGCCAGCAAUUGAGGAUCUUGAUUUGUCAUACAACAACCUGCAGAUGUUGCCCUGGGAUUCAGUGCGUCAGAUGGUCAACCUGCACCAGCUCACUCUGGACCACAACUUGCUGGAAUACAUUCCUGAAGGAACCUUUACUGACCUGGAGAGACUUGCACGUCUGGACCUGACCUCCAACCGCCUCCGAAAGCUUCCUCCAGACCCAAUUUUUGCUCGGGCGCAAGAUUCACUGCAGGAAUUGGUGCAAGUCUCUACACCGUUUGCACCACAGCUUUCACUGAGUAUCGGUGGCAAUCCACUGCACUGCAACUGUGAGAUGCUCUGGUUUCGAAGGCUAGACCGUGAAAAUGAUUUGGAAACUUGUGCUUCCCCUUCAAAUUUGAAGGGGCGUUACUUCUGGACUGUAAGGGGGGAUGAGUUUAUAUGUGAGCAGCCCCUUAUUACCCAGCACACACACAGGAUGUUGGUUCUAGAGGGUCAAACAGCCAGCUUGAGAUGUGAGGCCACUGGAGACCCAACUCCUACAAUUCAUUGGGUGGCCCCUGAUGACCGUCUGCUUGGCAACUCUUCUCGAAUUGUGGUGUAUAGCAAUGGCACACUUGUUAUUACUAUUACCACAUCAAAAGACUUUGGCACAUUCACGUGUAUUGCUGCUAAUGUUGCCGGUGAAUCCACUGCUUCAGUGGAACUGUCAAUCGUUCAGCUGCCUCACAUUAACAAUGGAACAGGACAACCCAAAUCCCGCCUCUCUGAUAUCACAGGAACCUCAAAGGCAACACCCAAGGGCCAACCAGAAAAAGACAAGCCAGUUUGGGUUUCUGAGGUUACCGCAGACACUGCUCUCAUCAGAUGGUCCAUCAGUAAAGCAGCUCCCAAAGUGAAAAUGUACCAGCUACAAUACAACUGCUCUGAUGACGAAGUGCUCAUUUACAGGAUGAUCCCUGCUUCAAGCAAGGCAUUUCUAGUAAACAACUUGGUCUCUGGAACCCGCUACGAUUUGUGCAUCUUGGCAGCCUGGGAUGACUCAGCUACUACGUUGACAGCCACUAGCAUUGUGGGUUGUGUCGAGUUCUUCACCAGAGAUGAGUAUCCACAAUGUCAUUCUCUGCAUGGGCAGCUGCUGGGUGGCACCAUGAUCCUGGUGGUGGGAGGUGUGAUUGUGGCUACUUUGCUUGUCUUCAUUGUCAUCCUAAUGGUGCGCUACAAGGCUGGGGAAGGUGGGACAAUGACUGCAGUUGGGGCUGAGCUCCCUGUCAGCAAGUUAAGUGACAUGGGUGAUACCUAUUCACAGCCCAAUGAUGGUUGUCUGGGGCAGAAUGGAGUCUUUUUGCCCCCUUCAAUUUCCAAAGCCAAACUCAAAGCCAAACCUAAGGUGAGUCUAAGGGAUGAGGUGGUGGAGUUUAAAUGUGGCUCUCUCCAGAGUAGUAUGAGCUCUCUUUCCUCAUCUUCAUCCUCCUCAUCUGCUGGUUCUGAGAAUGCCUUGCACUCAUGCAGCCCUAACAGUGCUUUGGCCAACAUCUUGAGGUCGGCGUCUCUCAAACCUCGUGGAAAUCUGGACCAUCUGUUGGGGGCCAUUAACUCUCUGGAGAUUAAGGGCCAGGCACCAUUAGGAAACACCAAAUCUGGUCGUGCAGGACCAUCAGCAGACCCCCCAACUGACAAGGAGCCUCUGCUGGGCCGGACACUAGACUCCAAGUUCAGGCGGAGUCACUCGUUUGAUGCUGGUGAGUUUGCAACAUCGUUAAGUGGUGUCUGGACCAAACGUAGCCUCUCCAUCAAUGGUAUGUUGCUGAAGGAUGACAUGGCUAGCAGCAGAGGUACUCUGGAGGGCUCUGAGUGGGUGAUGGAGAGCACUGUGUAGAUUGUGUACAAUAACUUCAAACUGACAUCCUUCCCUUGUGUCAAAGUAAAAUCAAGGGAAUAAAACAUCUGAUUUCCCCUGCAUGGAAUUACAUAUCUGUUCAUCGAAUAUUAAAACAUAUAUCCACUAUACAACGUGCUGUACUGGACAGGCAGUUAUAAGCUUUAUGUUCUGGUGAAUAAGUGCAUUUGUGUGGAUGUGUGGUUGUGUAUUCGUGUGUGUGUGUGUGUGUGUGUGUGAGAGAGAGAGAGAGAGAGAGAGACAUCAUAGAGUAUGUGUUGAGCAGCUACUCGGCUCUCUUGAAUGAGAAAGUUCAGGUCGUAUACCCUUGGAAUUCUGCCAUUUAUCAGGGUCAUUAUAGUGUGGCCAGAUACAUGACUGUUAAAUGACAGUGAAUAAAAAACUGCCAACACUUUCUCUUCUGAAGAGUACUGCAAAUUCUGUCUGUACAGAAAUAUAUCUGUAUUACAAAUAAUAUUUAUAAGUUGAAUGAACUUAAAGUUUUAUAUUUUUAUCUCAACAGUGUCAUAUCACUCUUUCUGAAAAGGAAAAGUAAAAAAAAGUCCACAGAACUUUCAUACUUUUUUUUUUGUUUCACUCCCGUUUCUCUUCUUUUUUAUCCCACUCAUGUCCUAAAGGAAUCAUGUGCAGAGAGCAGAAACUAAAAGUUUCUAUUGAAACAUUCACAAAUCUUUAAUUCAAAGUUUUGCUUAAUAUUAAAGUGUAAAGUCCCAUUACAUUUUCUGUCACAUAGCAAGUAUAACAUGUCUCUGUUCCCCCAUGUAGAAAGGAGCUGGAAAAUACCUGAUAUUUUUUACCAUAAGAAAUAUUGCCUAUGUAAAUUAAUGAAGUGUUAAGAACCUCUAAGAAAGUCACAUCAAGAAACAUAUCAAGACCUGGCACAGUGCAUACAUUUUCUGUGAUGUUGUGUAAAAUAGAAUUUUCUCUUAUUUAAACAAUACAUUCACACAGCUACAAAUGAUGCCAUAUCCACCUGAGAAGUCUACAUAUGUUUGACAAAUCUCUAAUCAAGAAAUCCAUACACCGACUUUGCUUUUGAAUUAAUACUGUAGAUAUUGUAAUAUUGAAUGUCUUAGAGUUACCUUCAGAAGCCAGAGAUAACUUCAAUGCCAAUCAUCUCAAUCUAAUCAUAUGUGUCAGAUGGAUGUGUGAAAAUGUCACAGUCUAAAUCAGCUGGAAGUGGCAGACACUGGAUUGGAGUCAAGCAGGAAUGGACUGUGCAUUGCUUCCAAGAAAUGAGCAUGCCAUGCCAAACUUAUUAUGUUGUCAUUGACAUGGUUCUCAGUCCCAGGACUGAGGACUGGAUACACUGCAUAUUGUAUUGUAUUUUCCUGUCCUAAAAUGUCAUUCCUUUCACAAAGGACCUGAAAGUUCCUCUUACCUGAAUGUGAACACAGUGUUCCCCUUAACCCAAACCUACACAUGUCUGUUGACCAAAGUAAGAUUUUUUAGGUUUGAUGAUAAGAAAACUAAUUAGAAAUGGAUGUCAAGGAUGCUAAUGUAGUUCCAGUCUUCAUUAUGCACAUAAGGAUUUUCUGAGCUAUUUUGCUAUAUUCCUUUACAUCAUGCACAAACCAUAUUAUCCAGAAACAACAUGGAAAAUAUUCAAGCUAGUCCUAUACACUGCUGAAAAAAAUUAAGGGAAUAAUUCAUCAUCAUCAUAGUAUAACACGAAGUCAGUGAAACUUCAGGGAUAUCACUCUGCUAAGUUAGGAAGCAUAACAGUGAUUGUGAAUCAAGUUCACCUGCUGUGGUGCAAGUGAAUGUGACAACUGGUGCACUGGAGAGGCAUCAGCAAGACAACUCUCAAAAAGGUAAUGGUUUUGCAGGUGGUGGCCACAGACAGUUGCUCUCUCUUUAUCCAUCCUGACUAAUUUGUCUCUAGUUAUGUGUUUUGUUUGUGUCAUCGCAAGGAGGAUUGGUGUGUCUCCCAGCACAUUUUCAAGUGAAUGGAGGAGAUACUGGGAGAUUGGCCAUUACACUAGGAGAGUUGGACAGGGUCAUAGUCAUAGAAGGGUAACAACCCAGCAGCAGGACCAGUAUCAACUCCUUUUUGUGAGGAGGAACAGGAGGAGCACUGCCAGAGCCUUACAAAAUGACCUCCAGUAGGCUACUGUUGUGCAUGUUUCUGACAAAACCGGAUGUCAUGGGGGCCCACCAUCCUCUAGUGGGAUGUGUGAUCACAGCCCAGCAUCAUGCAGCUUGAUUGGCAUUUGCCAGAGAACACCAGAAUUGGCAAGUCUGUCACUGGCGCCAUGUUCUCUUCACAGAUGAGAGCAGGUUUACAGAUUUGAAAGAGUCUGGAGAUGCUGUGGGGAAAUUUAUGUUACCUGCAACAUCAUCCAGUAUGACCAGUUUGGCAGUGUGUCAGUGAUGGUCUGGAGAGGAAUAUCCCUGGCAGGUUGCACAGACCUCCACAUGCUAGCCAACGGUACCCUUACUGAUGUUUAGUACCAGCAUAAAAAGCUGAGUGCCAUUGUCAGACCUUAUGCUGGUGUAGUGGGCCCUGGGUUCCUCCUGAUGCAUGACAAUGGCUUCAUGUGGAGUUUGGAGGCAGUUCCUGGAUGCAGAAGGCAUUGAUCCCUCACAUUCCUCAGACCCAAAUCCAAUUAAGAACACCUGGGAUGUUAUGUACUGGAGCAGCUGAAGCCACCAUGCACAUUGCUUAUAUUGUCAUGAUGAAAUUCAUUCAAGGUGUAUCAGUCUGUAAUUUCAGUUUUUUACUUUGAAUCCAGCCCUGAUGAUUCUGGUUGAUGAUUAUGGUUUCCAUUUGACCACUGUCACACAUUUUGUUCUUAAUGAAAUACACAAUAUUUCAUUUUAUUAGUUCAUAUUUAGUUCAUCAAGAUCCAAUGUGUGACUUCUUGGAGGUGUUCCCUUAUUUUUUUGAGCAGUGUAAUUAUAAGACUGAGAAGCAUUCAUUGUUCUUUCUAGUUUGGGUUUGAAAAGGUUAAAAAUUAGAUUAUGGAGCUUAACAAUGUUUGUUGGAUCAAAUACUAUAUGUGACAUUUUGAGUGUGUAUUUAUGGGACAGACUGUGGGUAUGAUACUUAUAUUAUUUGUCAGCUACAGUGGCAUUGUAGAUCCACUGCAAAAACCUGUGAUACAACUGUCCAAUGUCUAGCAUAUAUUGAUUGACUACAUUCAAAAUAAUGGAAUUGUUGUGCUUUUUUUUAAUCAUUUCUUACAUUUAUUAUUAUUAAUUGAUGAGUAGAAUUCAUGUUUACCAGGAUGGUAGUUAAGUCUGAAAGCACACACCAGUCACCUACUUAAUUACUAAUAAAACCUGCAGAGUCUGAAAUGAUAAGGACUUGUGUAACAGUUUGCAUGGAAAUUGUUAUUAAUAUCAUGAAUAACACUAUUAAAGUCAUACCACCUGAUCUCAUCCCAAAUAAGUUGAAUGUAACAAGCAAGUAAGGUAAUGAGAACCUAAAGACUAAUUUUGUUGCAUACAAGAAUGAGAGUAAGAUUAUCUACUCAUACUGCACUUUAACCAUUUGUAACAAUUCAUACAAUUUGCUUUAUAAAAUCACUUUAGCAUUUCAGCUCUUUCAAACAAAUCCAUUAGCAUAAACAUUAACAUCCACAGUAGGCUACAAUCCAAAAAUAAAUAAUAAAAUA